AUGAAAACAAAAAUACGAUUUGCAAAGACUAUGAUGGCUAUAGAGCUGUUCGCCCAAGAAACUGUUUUCGUGUCAACUGUGUGGAAAAGUAUUAUGCUCAAAAGCGUCAUUGAAGCGUCAUAUCGCGGACAAACACGCCGAACGUCAAGAAGAAUACCGUUGCAUCAUAUGCGAAAGGGUUUAUUGCUCGCGCAAUUCACUCAUGACACACAUCUAUACGUAUCACAAGUCAAGACCUGGAGAGUUGGAUAUGAAGGAUAUCAAAUUCUUUUAGGAUCUCAAAUGUGA